AUGGGGAAGCUAAUCUCCAAAGGCCGGCGCAAGAGAGAUGCUCGAGUUGUCAUGCUGGGGCUCGACUUCGCUGGCAAAUCCACCCUUCUGUACAAACUGAAGAGCGGCCGGGCUGUGGAGACCUGCCCAACGGUGGGCUUCAAUGUGGAAUCUCUGCAAACUCCCUGUCGCGUAUCCUUCACCCUCUGGGACGUCGGUGGACAAGGCAGUCUGCGGGCAAGCUGGCCUGACUACCUGGAGGACACCAACACCCUUGUCUUCGUGCUCGACAGCACAGACACCGCCCGGCUGCCUGAAGCAGCAGCGGCGCUGGAGGAAGCGCUGAGCCACCCCAGCAUGGCUGGCGUCCCUGUCCUCCUCCUGGCCAACAAGCAGGAGGUGCCGGGAGCGCUGGCUCCCGCUGAGCUGGGGGAGAGGCUGCGGCGGGGGCGGCUGGCGGGGCGCCGCUGGGUGCUUGGCCUGCAGGAAGCCCUAGCCGUCCUGGGAGAGCUGCUGCGGGGUCUGGAGCAGAGCUCCCCGUCCCAAGAGCAGCCCCUCACAGGGCCGGCGGGGAGGAGGCAAGCCCCCAUGGAAACUUGA